AUGGCCUUAUCCUCGCCCCGGCAACGCUUUGGACGAUUCUGCCUCCUGCUAGCCGGGAUAUCUUUCUUCGUUCUCACGCUCUGGCCGACCGGUCGGAGGACGAUUUUCGGCAGUCCCAACCCUCAACGGGGCUGGGAUAACUUGGAUACCAUCACAAAUGGAACAUUAGGAUUCGAAAAGAUAUUUUCGAUUAAUCUCCCGACGCGCCCGGAUAAGAAGGACAACAUCAUCCUUGGGUCCGCGGUGAGUGACUUGAAGGUCGACUGGAUCGACGGUGUCAAUCCCGAGGAGAUUAGUCCGAAAUCUUAUCCCUACAACUGGAAUUUCGAUCAUGAGCCGACCGAAUAUGCCGCUCGCCGAGCUCAUCUCGAUGCGAUCCAACGAGUGGUUGAGCAAAGGCUAAGCAGUGCCAUUAUAAUGGAAGAUGAUGUCGAUUGGGAUGUCUCCGUCAAGAAUCAAUUUCACAGCUUCGCCCUUGCUGUGCGAGCUCUUCAAUACCUGAGUGUCAAUCAAAUCCCAACCCACUCUCCAUACGGUGAUGAUUGGGAUGUCUUCUGGCUAGGACAUUGUGGCAUGGAAUGCAAAACUCAAGAACCCUACGCUCUGAACUCGAAUGACCCUACAGUCCCAGCGACCCGCCAUUUCCUCCCUUACUGGCGCGACCCGCCCCCUCUCGAACGACCCGACGACGCUCGAUUGACGUGUGCGCUUAAAGAUGGAGUGUGCUCAAACUUUUACGCUGUAAGCCGCCGAGGCGCCCAGCGAAUCCUCUCUGCUCUUUCUGUCAAUCCAUCCGGUUUAGCAGAAGAGAUUGAUAUCGGAGCUCAAUUCGACGUGUCGCUUGGCCGUAUGUGUGGACAUGGUUAUCUGAGGUGUUUCUCAUCAUACCCAUCCUUGACCGGGUCCUUCCGAGCCGCGGGGACUGCUGCGAAGUCCUCUGAUAUUCAUAGCGAGGAAGGAGAUAACUCGGACUUUGUCAGCCGGGGAGUGAUGUACAGCACCAUGCUCAAUAUUAAUCGAAUAUUGAGGGGUGGGCGUGCGGUGCAUUCUACGUGGGAUGAUGUUGAAGUUCCAAUUAUCGACUCCGAACUCUUGUCAAACCAUGGUGGGAAAACUUCUGUCAUUGUGAAUGAGGACCCGUGA